AUGGCUGAAUACUGGAAAUCGACGCCACGGUACUGGUGCAAACACUGCUCCAUGUACGUGCGCGACACGAAACUCGAACGCACCAACCAUGAGGCGACGGGAAAGCACCGAGGCGCCGUGGAGCGCGCGCUCCGCGACCUGCACCGAGGCCACGAGAAGCAGGAGAAGGAGAAGGAGAGAGCGCGGCGGGAGAUUGAGCGGCUGAACGGGGUCGUGGCGGGAGGAGACGGGGACAACAAGCACAAGAGCGGCAGGAGUGGAGCGCCGGGAAGGGCACCGCCGCAGGAAGCAUCUUCGUCGUCAUCGAGCAGGGAGCAGCGACAGGCGCAGCUGGAACAAUUGGCGGGGAUGGGAGUCAACAUACCUGAUGAGUUGAGGGGUCAGAUGGCGAUGGCGGGGGAGUGGACGGUCACCAAGACUAGGGUAAUUGAUGACGGGGAAGGCAACGAGAGCGUGGCGCGCGGGGUGAGGAAGAGGGAGCUGGAGAAGACGGAGGAGGAGAAGGAGGAGGAGAAUGCCGUCAAUGGCCUGUUCAAGAAGCCGAGGAGGUGGGGUAUGGACACGAGGAUCGCCGGCGGGGAUGAUGGAGGUGAGCUGGAUGCGCUGCUAAGCGGGUCGAGUUUUGUGGUCAAGGGGGAGAAGAAGGAGGAGGAGGAGGAGAGUGCAGAAUCACGAGUCAAGGUUGAGGAUACGGAGAAGGGUCCUGAUUUGGAGCAAGCGCAACAAGAAGAUAAGCCCAAUGUUGUCAAGGAAGAGGAGGACGUUGUCAAGAAAGAACCCGCGGACGAGCCAUCCGCCCCACAUACAGCAGCCGAGCUUGCAGCUCCAGCAGUGGUUUUCAAGAAGAGGAAGCCGAAGAAUAUACGACAGAAAUAA